GAAGGAGGGCCAGUGUAAAACGGCCUUCUGCCUGAGCGGUAUCUAGUGGGUGAAAAUAUUGCGAGAGAACAACCGCGAGCACGUUCAAUGAUCACGACAAGGGGACAGUAAGGGCUGAUAAGAGACAUCAGGACUGUGAGAUACCAAGGAUCUUGAAAGUUUGAUUGUUUCUUCGGAAGUAGGAUCAGCUGAUUUGUAGCCGUGUACUGGGACUGGCGUGAACAUCGUUGUAAAACGUUUUGAUCGUUUUAUUCGUUUAGAACGUGGAAGGUAUACAUAGUUCUGCACUCGUGAUCAUCUUGCGGCUUAUAAAUGGGUCUAACAGUGGAGGGCUAAAAGCCCAGGAAAAAAUCUUUUGAAAAUAUUUUCUUGGAGACAAAUCUCGCAAGGAAGUACCAGUUGCAGUUGUAACGACAGUUGCAGUUACAGUGGCGGCUACAGUGACAAUAAAAGUAACAAUAACAGUGGCAGUCACAGCAAGACUGUACCCGAUGAGUGUUAGAUUGGCAGGAGGUCAUAUGGUGAAGCAGAGGCGGUUUAUUGGAAAUACGAACAACAAAAUGAUCAAUAUACGAGAACACUUAUAGACGGUCGUUCGAAUUGAAUCUUGUUGGAGUAUUAUAAAUAGAGGGAUCGAUUUGGUGUUCGAUCUUCUGAUUUAAUCCAUCGAUUGAACUACGGAGAGAAAGAGAGAAAGAGAGAGAGAGAGAGGGGGAAAAAGAAAAAGUGGACUGUCAGAAAACACUAAUCUAUUUUAUUAUAUCUCAAGUGAUAGUGGGAGAGUGAAUUUUUUAUUUUAUUUACCAAGUUUUAGGUAGAGAGUUUAUACGAGUAAUCUCGAGGACGCCAAAUCACUUGGGAGUGAUAGAAAGCCAAAGGGAAUAAAAAGUGAUAUUUUCUAGUAUCCGAAAAGGGAAUUAAACAAAUUGGCAAGAUUGAAGUUAUUAAUUAACCGCUUCCCCAUGCGGGAAGUAUACUAAUAAUCACAUUGAGUAAUAUUCACGAAGACAUUUGCCGUAAAGGCAGUAUUUCUACGAAAUGAGUUGUUAACUGAGAAUGCGCGAUGACGCAGCGAAUUUACCAGUGGUCCACGAGCCCUCACGAGGCACCGCAAGCUAUACAAAUGGAGCCCCCCAAAUCAAACUCACACCCCCCGGAAAAAAUCCUCUUGAGGUACAAUCAACGAGACAAGGAGAAGGAUAGUCAGGAGACUGAAUACAUCCUGCAGGAAAAUGGCGAACCAAUUGAAUUUGUUCCACCACAAACCAAGGAGGAAGAGAAACCUGCUCCACAGGCGCCUUCGUUGCCGCCCGUGCCUUAUUAUAAACUCUUCCGAUUUGCGACGUUCUCCGAGCUGAUGCUGCUGUUUGGUGGAUUGAUCAUGGGGACCUUGACCGGCCUCUGUAUUCCAAUCUCCACCAUACAAUACGGUGAAUUCACGACAUUGCUGGUUGAUCGUAAUAUGGAAAAUCAAACGAGUACUCCAACCAUUAUUAUGGAAUGGUUUGGUGGUGGACGAGUCCUAGGACCUGACAGCAACCGUACAGAACGUAUGGAUGCACUUUAUGACGAUUCCGUCGCCUUUGGCGUCUCCUGUGCUGCCCUCUCUACUGUUCAGUUUUUCUUCGCCAUCUUCACCGUGGAUCUACUGAACAUAGCGGCCUUCAGACAGAUUGCUAGAUUACGUAUAAUGUUCCUUCAAGCAGUUUUACGUCAGGAUAUGGCCUGGUACGACACGAACACCUCGACGAACUUUGCCAGCCGAAUAACAGAAGACCUGGAUAAGAUGAAGGACGGAAUUGGAGAGAAGCUCGGGAUAUUCACGUAUCUAAUGGUGUCGUUCAUAUCGUCGAUCGUGAUCUCAUUCGUGUACGGGUGGAAGUUGACCCUGGUGGUGCUGAGCUGCGCUCCGAUAAUCGUGAUCGCGACGGCAAUAGUGGCCAAGGUGCAGAGUUCGCUGACAGCACUCGAGCUGUCAGCUUACGGUCAGGCGGGAAGCGUCGCCGAGGAAGUCCUUGGAGCAAUAAGGACUGUGGUGGCGUUCGGAGGGGAGAAGAAGGAGGUCGAGAGGUACGCGCAGAAGCUGGUGCCCGCAGAGAGGACGGGUAUAAAGCGUGGCAUGUGGUCCGGAGUCGGCGGUGGAGUCAUGUGGUUCAUCAUCUACCUGAGCUACGCCUUGGCCUUCUGGUACGGGGUUCAGCUCAUCCUCGAGGACAGACCAAAGUUGGACAAGGAAUACACUCCAGCCGUUCUCGUGAUAGUCUUCUUUGGGGUGCUGGCUGGUGCUCAGAACAUGGGACUGACCUCGCCUCAUCUCGAGGCCUUCGCCGUGGCUAGAGGAUCAGCCGCAGCCAUCUUCCAGGUCCUUGAUCGUGUACCCACUAUAGACUCCCUCAGCAAGGAAGGUCUAAAGCUCAAGACCGUCAACGGGGACAUUGAGUUCAAGGACGUGCACUUCUCUUAUCCCGCUCGCAAGGACGUCAAGGUCCUUCAGGGUCUCAAUCUCAAGAUCAAUCACGGGGAGACUGUAGCCCUUGUGGGUGGUUCCGGAUGCGGAAAGUCUACCUGCCUUCAGCUCAUUCAGCGGCUUUACGAUCCCCUUCAGGGACAGGUACAUCUCGAUGGCGUCGACAUUGCAAAACUGAACGUCCAGUGGCUACGCUCUUACAUCGGUGUCGUCGGUCAGGAACCUGUUCUCUUUGACACCACCAUCCGCGAGAACAUACGGUACGGGAACGACAGCGUCACCGAGGAGGAAAUGAUCAAAGCUGCCAAGGAAGCGAAUGCUCAUGACUUUAUCAGUAAACUGACAGAGGGGUACGACAGUCCUGUGGGUGAACGAGGGUCGCAGCUGUCUGGUGGACAGAAACAAAGAAUCGCCAUUGCUCGUGCCCUGGUGAGAAGACCGGCCAUUCUUCUCCUAGAUGAGGCUACUUCCGCUCUUGAUCUUCAUAGUGAAGCUACGGUCCAGAGGGCUCUUGAUGCAGCAUCCAAGGGUAGAACAACGGUUAUCGUAACGCACAGACUGUCUACCAUUACGAAUGCCGAUAAGAUUGUCUUCAUAAAGGAUGGCGUCGUUGUCGAGAUGGGAACCCAUGAGGAACUUCUAGCCCUGGGCAAGCAUUACUACGGGCUCGUAUGUGCGGAUUCGAGUGCAGCUGCAAGAGCAAAGGCAACGGCAUCUGCAGCAAAAACGGUCACGGCUACCAAACCGAAGCCAAAGCCGCCAUUGAAGAAGCAAUUUUCGACACUGUCCAUGCACUCUCACAGACUGUCCCUGGCUGGUGGAUCCGAAGCCUCUGAGGAGGAGCUCGAAGAAUACGAGAAACCCUAUGACGCCCCCAUGAUGAGAAUAUUUGGAUUGAAUAAGCCUGAAUGGCCUUUCAAUUUGAUUGGUUGCGUGGCUGCUGCGACAGUAGGUGCAUCUUUUCCUGCAUUCGCUGUGCUUUUUGGUGAAGUAUACUUUGUCCUGGGUCUUCAGGAUGAGGAUAAAGUUCGGGAGGAGACAGUAAGAUUCUCAAUCCUGUUCAUCUGCGUCGGCGUGCUCACCGGGUUGGGUACCUUCCUGCAGAUGUACAUGUUUGGUCUAGCUGGAGUACGCAUGACGACAAGGCUCAGGAAGACCACAUUCAGUGCAAUGCUUAAGCAAGAGAUGGGUUGGUACGACGAAGAUUCAAACAGUGUUGGCGCCCUAUGCGCUCGACUGUCUUCGGACGCUGCAGCUGUCCAAGGAGCAACCGGAAGUCGUAUCGGUGCCAUUCUUCAGGCCUUGUCUACCCUAGUUCUUGGUAUCGGAGUUUCCAUGUACUAUACCUGGGAGAUGACCCUGGUGUCCGUCGUCUCGAUUCCUCUUGUCCUUGGAGCAGUAUUCUUUGAGGCGCGAAUCAUGAGUGGCCAGGGUCUUCAGGAGAAGAGGAAGAUGGAGGGUGCAACUAGAAUAGCUAUCGAGGCCAUCUCAAAUAUAAGAACUGUCGCAAGUCUUGGAAAGGAGAAUGCGUUCCUGGAGAGGUACAACGCUGUGCUUGCUCACGUCGCCCAGGCUACUAGGACCAGAAACCGACUAAGAGGACUUGUUUUCUCGUGCGGACAAACCACCCCUUACUUCGGUUAUGCUCUCAGUCUUUAUUACGGUGGCUACCUCGUCGCCAGGAAAAAUCUUCAUUACCAGGAUGUGAUCAAAGUCUCGGAAGCCUUGAUCUUUGGAUCCUGGAUGCUGGGCCAGGCUCUUGCGUUCGCGCCAAACUUCAAUACCGCAAAAAUCUCAGCGGGCAGAAUCUUCAGACUUCUCGACAGAGUACCAGAAAUCACAACUCCGCCGGAACUCGAAGGAAAAGAUAAGGAUUGGAAAGCCGAUGGCCUCAUUCAAUUCUCCAAGGUCGAGUUCCACUAUCCAACUCGACCGGAAAUGCAAAUCUUACGUGGACUCAAUCUCAUCGUAAAACCUGGACAAAUGGUCGCCCUGGUCGGUCAAAGUGGUUGCGGAAAGUCUACCUGCAUCCAGCUUCUUCAGCGUCUCUAUGAUCCAAUCUCAGGUACCAUUACGAUGGACCGCCGUGACAUCACCUCGGUCUCCUUGUCUGCUCUACGUGCACAGCUUGGUGUCGUCGGCCAAGAACCAGUUCUCUUUGACAGAACGAUCGCCGAGAACAUUGCCUACGGCGACAACGAGCGGAACGUACAGUUAGAUGAAGUUAUUGAAGCUGCUAAGAAAUCGAAUAUUCAUAGCUUCAUCAGUUCCUUGCCUCUGGGUUACGAAACCAGACUGGGAACAAAAGGCACCCAAUUAUCCGGAGGGCAAAAACAACGUAUAGCUAUCGCCCGCGCCCUGGUGAGAAAUCCUCGAGUUCUUCUAUUGGAUGAGGCAACUUCUGCCCUGGACACGCAGAGCGAGAAGAUUGUACAAGCCGCUCUGGAUAAAGCUAUGGAGGGUCGUACCUGUAUAACGAUAGCCCAUCGUCUGGCAACUAUUCAAAAUGCUGAUGUGAUUUGCGUCUUGGAGAAGGGUAUGGUAGCCGAAAUGGGUACUCACGAUGACCUCAUUGCUGCUGAUGGACUUUACGCCCAUCUACACGCUCUACAAGAGGCCGCCAUGGAAUAGGCUUUUGAUAGUUAAGAAUUAUUGGUUGAUUCUGACCUAUAAACAAAAUAGAAUAUCCACGAGUACUCUAGGCUUUCGUAAACGGAGCAUAUUCGACAACCGGUACACUCCUAGUAAAAAGGGAAUAACACGAAUGUCCAUUGAUCGUUUGUAAUAUUCACCCACGUAUAUCCGCUUUAUUCUCUAUGUUUAAAUGUUAUUCUCUGUAUUCUACUUUCUUUGGCACGGUAUGGUGAUUCAUAGUUAUCCGUUAUUACGCUAUCGUCGUACUUUGAUUUUUAGAUGUCUAGUAUUAUCUUCUUAAGUUUCUUUUUUUAGACGCUAGACCGCGUUACGUCAAAAUGAGAGAUAGUAUAUCGUCGCUGCGAGAGGGAAAGCUGAGGGCUAAAGAUUGCAAGUAUAUGUAAUACGAUCGGAUUCAUAGAUAUAAAAUAGCCUCAACAAUACGUGACCACAAUUUUUCAUUUUAUUUUCGAUUUUUAACUUUUCACGGUUUGCGAUACUCUCGGUUCCAGUAACUACAAUUCUAAGAGUAAUCUUUGAAAACCCCCCGUCAAUUUAAAUUCCUCCAGUUCUGCAGAAAAACAUUGAUAGCCCUUUUACUUUUCAAAAUUCAAAUAAUACACUAUCCUCGAUGCCAAACAAUGUUCGAGACUGUUUCUAAUCAUGCUUCCAAAAAAAAGAUACCAAUUGAAUUCCUCGAAUUCUAGAUUAACGAUAAUAUAAAACUGACUGGUUGAAAUAUUUAACUAAAAUUUUAACCUGGCUGCCUGCUUCGCCCGACAGCUCGUGCCUUACGUAAUAAAGUGGGAGCCAUUGAUUCCAGAGGAAAUUAAUUGUCAAAAGGUGAUGAUAGGAACGCGUAUAGCGAGAAGGGCUGCCUAACUUAACACAACUAUUUAAACGUAUACUUAACUUGAUACUUAGUUAAACGUAAUUAAUAGAUCAUAGUGGAUAUUAAUAUCUAUACAUAUACCGCAGUGCUUUGUUGCAAAGACAAUACGUAGUAAAACGUUCUAGCUUAGUGUAUGAAAAUUCGGCACACUCCUUCUCAAGAUUUUCAAGUAACUACGCGGUGAAACCACUUUACUUAAGGGUAGCGCCAUUACCCAACCCCCUCGAGACUCUCGAUACAUAAAAAUCAGUCGACCAUAGAUCAUCGAUCCAACAAUCAAUCUUAAUCCUCAUGGAUCCGCCAUGAACCUUAUCGAGUAGCCGCGAGAAAUUAUUCUGUACUUUACGGUGAUACUAGUACUGUAAUCACAAGGAAGUAUUACUUUUUUUUUUUGCUAUCUCUAUGAGUGUCUGCUGCGUAUGAGACGAAGGGAGUGAAUGAGUAAACUGUGCGCGUGUACUUAUAUAUGACUGUAAGAGAAAAAGAGAGAGAGAGAGAGAGAGAAUAUUAGAGAACGAACGAGAAGCAGGAAGCAGAAGGAAGAAAGUAGAAGCAAGAAUAUUAUACAUCUGUCAUAUAGGAAAUAAAUAAAAGAAGAAAAAAAAAAGAAGAAAUUUAUACGGUCA